AUGUCGAGUAACAGGAAUUACGACUUUUUGAUCAAGCUCCUGCUGAUUGGAGACUCGGGCGUGGGCAAGUCCUGCUGCCUCCUCCGCUUCUCGGAGGACUCGUUCACACCCUCGUUCAUCACGACGAUCGGCAUCUGGGCAACAAGUGCGACUGGGAAGAGAAGCGGGUGGUGUCGACUGAACGGGGCCAGGGCGCUCGCGGACGAGCUGGGGAUCCCGUUUUUGGAGGUGUCGGCCAAGACGAAUGAGAAUAUCGAAAAGGCCUUUUACAGCCUGGCGGCGGAUAUCAAGAAGAGGAUUAUCGAUACGAGCAAGACGGAGCAAGGGGGUGCAGGGGCGUCGACGGGGGUUAAUGUUGGGGGCCAGACUUCCGGUGAUAAGGGGGGUGGUUGCUGCUAA